UGACAUAAUCAUACGUCAAUAAAUAUAGUUAAUGCUUAUCAAUUGCUUACUAUUUUCAUUUCUUAACACAAAAAAAAUAUAUAAAAUGUGAAGAGAUUCACUAGACUAUAAUAACCUCUCAUGCAAUUGGGAACAGGGAUUAUCUUUCACGCCUUAUAAUCUGUUUUCUCUCCCCAUCAAAUUGCAAAACCAAAUAAAAAUUGUCAUCAAAUUUAUUUUCCCUCUCUCGAUUUUCUUCCUUGCUAAGGUUUAAUUGCAGAUUGUUGGAAUUAGAGGAAUCAAAAAUGGGGCUUUCGUUUGGCAAGCUGUUUAGCAGACUUUUCUCUAAGAAGGAGAUGCGUAUACUCAUGGUAGGUCUCGAUGCGGCCGGUAAGACUACCAUAUUGUACAAGCUCAAGUUGGGAGAAAUUGUCACCACCAUCCCAACCAUCGGAUUUAAUGUGGAAACUGUGGAGUACAAGAAUAUCAGCUUCACUGUUUGGGAUGUUGGAGGUCAAGACAAGAUUCGCCCAUUAUGGAGACACUACUUCCAGAAUACACAAGGACUCAUCUUUGUGGUUGACAGUAAUGACCGAGACCGUGUAGUUGAAGCAAAGGAUGAGCUUCACAGGAUGCUGAAUGAGGAUGAGUUGAGGUAUGCUGUUCUGCUAGUGUUUGCUAACAAGCAAGAUCUCCCUAAUGCAAUGAAUGCUGCAGAAAUUACCGACAAGCUCGGUCUCCACUCCCUCCGUCAACGACACUGGUAUAUCCAGAGUACAUGUGCUACAUCUGGUGAAGGGCUGUAUGAAGGUCUCGACUGGCUGUCGAACAACAUAGCAAGCAAGGGUUAAAGGAAUACUUACCUGGUUCACAUUUAGAGCAAGGAUAAUGUAUAACUCUCACCAGCAUUUAUGGAGCCUUUUCUUUUUAUAUAGCAUAUAUAGUUAAGUGAUAGAUUAUGUCAUUUGCUUCGUGUAGUGUAAAUUUACUUCGAGACAUGAGAUUGAUUACUAUCAUCUAUGGAGUAAUACCAUAAUUUUGUCA